CGGACUUCCGCCUGCGAACCCUCAAACUUCCUCCUUGUCCCCCGUACGAAAAUGCUUAUUUAACUCCUUCCACGAAACGAACAACUCCCCAUCUCCAUCAGCUUAUCGAAACCAUGUCGACAAACAGUACGUGUGGUCCCAUUAUGGGGACACCGGAUAUCUACGGCGUCGGCGUGCGCAUAGGCCUGUAUUCGCAAUGGGUCGCAACACUCCUCGUAACCCUCUUCGCCCCAGAGGAAGAGGAAACCUUCCGCAUUGUCAACCUCACGAUCCAGACCUCCAUCUUCCUCGGUAUCGCCGUGCAAUCCGCAACCGAAACAAACGUCGUGGAGCCCAUCAUCGUGCUCUUCCUGAUGUGCGGCUCCUUGUCCAGCCUGACGGGGAACAGGAUCACAAAUUUCUCCCAUGUGAGCGGGGUGUUCAGGGCGCUUUUUUAUACGGCGCUGAGUGCGUAUGGUGUUUGGUAUUGGUUUGAAGGCGUGGACAGGAUGAUGGAAACGCAGAAGAAGGGCUGUAACGCAAUUGCUUUUUUUGGGAGGACGAGAGUUGAUGGGUGGUUCCGGAAGCUAGGGAAGGGAAUCUCUGUCAUCGGACUCGUGAUUUCGAUUUGUCUGAUUGGGUUUUGUGCUGUUGCUUUGUGGAAGCGCUUUCAGGAACGCCUUGAUGCUGCGAUGCGGAGGCCUAGGAGGCAGCGUCCGCAAGUCGAGAUCGCGUUCUUGGUGUUGUCGGGGGGACUCAUUGCAUUCUCAAUUUGCAUCGUGGAGUAUUUGAUUCGGGUUAAUGAUGUGGAUGGCUUGCAAGGGUUCGACGCUGUUGGGCAGUUGAUUCCGUUUCUGAUUGGAAUCUUGGAGCUGACGAGUAUUGGGUGGAAGAUUUUGAUCAAGGGUUUGUUUAUGAGGAAAAGGUGUUGGUUUUUGCUUGGGAAGCACUUAUGAUAUACGUAAGUAUUCUAAAAAUGGUUCGGCGUUUAGGUAGUUAGAAUGCGACAGGAAACCAAAGCUUUCUCUGGACCAGGAUUCUAUUUAGCCCUUUCGACGAUAGCAAAGGCACAUUUGGCAUACCAAUCUCUC